AUGAACAAGGACGUCGAGAAUGAUGGAGCGUUGGCCUUUCGAUCUUAUACUCUAAUCCCAGUACGCAGGUUUCAUGCAGCGAAGCCCACAGGGUAUGUUUUUUAAGACCUAUAAUUUUUCGAGUUUAGUUUGCUCCAGCCGAUCCCUAGGAUUCAUGGACGGCGUAUGUUUGUGACUGUUUUGUUGAGACAUGCCCUGAAAUUGAGAUAUUGGGUGGCCACCGGUCUGAUUGGAGGAGGGAUAACUGCAGGUAAUGUAAGUAGGCGUUUCCUUUAAUUAUUUGUUGUUUUUAGUGGUAUGAAGAGUGGAAGAAGAGUUUACCGGACUUCUCCUUGCCUGAAUGGGCCAAAUUUGAGGAUUCUACAUUCAGAAAUUUCUCCGAGGACCUCAAACAACUUGGAAACAGAUUUGAUUCUCUCGAUUUGAAAGCAAAACUUCCAAAUCUACCUCUAUGGGAGCUGAAGAAUAAGUCAGGUCAGCUUUUUGUGGAUAUUCGGCCUUCAAAUAACUUGGACGAUUUAUUGUUCUUAUCUUCAGUCACCGAUGCCACAACAACUAGCGGACCAGAUGGUGGAGAAAGUCCUGGAGGAGGUUGGUUUUUGCUGACAUUACUUUACAGUACUUGUUCUGAUUGUUAGUGGUUCUAUUUUUAGAUUCUGGAUCAUUAUUUUCGAUGUUUUCAAGGAAGAAGGAGGCCAAUGAAAAGAGUGAAGUAGGUUGAUUCUCAUCGUUUAUUACUUACGAUUUAGAAUCUGAGCGCAGAAGAACGAAUCCAGGCUCUCCAAGAGGAAAUUUUGAAGACACAGCUGCAAUAUCAAAGAGAAUUGGAACGUCUUGAGAAAGAGAAUAAAAUUUUGAAGCAAAGGUUACUGCUAAAAGAUAAAGGCGAACUAAAGAGAUUGAAGAAACUAAAAGUAACAAGAUAUCGCUUUAUUAAUUACUCUUUUUAGGUUUCUUUAAUCGACAUGUAUUCAGAGAUGCUGGACAUCUUGAAUGAAUAUGACCGCUCCUAUUCGACUACUGACAAUCUUCCUCGAGUUGUCGUUGUUGGUGAUCAAUCUGCAGGAAAGACUUCAGUCCUGGAAAUGAUUGCUCAAGCCAGAAUAUUCCCUCGAGGCUCGGGUGAAAUGAUGACCCGAGCUCCAGUUAAAGUCACACUUAGCGAGGGACCUUAUCAUGUGGCGCUGUUUAGGGAUAGUAACAGAGAGUUUGAUCUGACAAAAGAAGAUGACUUGGAGAAACUGAGGAAUGAGAUUGAAUUGAGGAUGAGGAACUCGGUUAAAGAUGGAAAAACUGUUUCGAACGAUGUCAUCUCGUUAACCGUAAAGGGACCAAAUCUCCCGAGGAUCGUUUUGGUUGAUUUACCUGGUGUUAUUUCAACAGUUACUGCUGAUAUGGCCAGAGAAACGAAGGAUGAUAUUAUUCAGAUGUGCCGUCAACACAUGGAGAAUCCAAAUUCGAUUAUCCUUUGUAUUCAAGGUAAGUUUUUGAUGUGAUUUAUAAUUUCUCUCUGUUAUCUUUUGUCUAUUUGUUUUUUAGACGGCUCGGUAGAUGCUGAACGAAGUAAUGUGACCGAUUUGGUGAGUCGAAUAGAUCCCUCAGGACAAAGGACCAUACUCGUGUUAACAAAAGUGGAUCUGGCAGAGAAGAAUCUUAAUAAUCCCGAUCGAAUUAAGAAGAUAUUGGAAGGGAAACUAUUUCCAAUGAAAGCAAUUGGUUACUUUGGAGUUGUGACUGGAAUGGAUAAGAAGAAUGCUUCAAUAGAGGAGAUUAGAAGAUAUGAAGAGCACUUCUUUGAGAACUCCAGUUUGUUCAAGUAAGUCGACUGUUGUGUUAAAUAUAUCUGGGAUUUUCAGAGAAGGAGUGCUAAAACCUUCCCAAAUGACCACGAGGAAUAUGUCUUUGGCAGUUUCUGAUUGUUUCUGGAGGAUGGUCAGGGACACAAUAGAUGCGCAAUGUGAUGCAUUCAGAGCAGCCAGAUUCAAUUUGGAGACAGAAUGGAAGAAUACCUUCCCCAGAGUCAGGGAACUUGACCGCGAUGAGUUGUUCGAUAAAGCCAGAGGGGAGAUUUUGGAUCAGAUUGUAAAUUUGUCCUUGGUAUCAGCUGAAGAAUGGGAGAGUUUGAUUCAAAACAAGCUUUUGUCGUUGAUAUCAAAGCAAAUAUUUGAUCAAAUAUUACUACCAACCUCAGGAAUGAACAAUACUGGAGCAUUUAAUACAGCAGUUGAUAUACGAUUGAAACAUUGGACCGAGAAAGAACUAUCUAAUCUCUCAGUUACAGUCGGAUGGGAGAGUUUGGCUGAAGUUUUUAAAGCACAAGUGUUGGGGGAGAAAAGUUCCAAUGGAAGACAGGAAAAUGAUCCCAUCUUCAAUGAUCUCAAGACGGCUGUUAUCGAGAAUAUACUCAAAGAACAUCAAUGGGAUAUGAAGGCUGUGGAUUACUUGGUAAGAAGUUAGGAAAAUAAUUAAAAAAAUCUCGGUUAAUGGUUCUGCUCCGCGAAGGAAUGACUUAGAUGACUUUUAUCAGCAGAAUAUGUUAAACAAAGCAAUACUUCAUUACCCAAGAAUAUUUACUUAACAGUUAAGUUACCGUAUACUUCGAAGCCCCUAAAAGUACAGGAAAUUAUAAUCGGUCGCGGAGUUUUGACAAGAAGAUGUGUUCAUAAAACCUAUAGCGUAUUUCUAAACUUUCCUAACUGUCGUAGAUAGAUGGUUCAAAAAUGUGUGUGUAAAAAUUAGCCUAUUUUUCUGAAAGUGUUUGUAGAAUGAAACGUACAGGCUUUGGUUUGUUUUGCAAGGCUUUCGUAACGGAGUGAAUACUGAAGUGACAAUGAUGUUUUAGAAAGCAAUACAGCUGAAUGCGAUCAGUGAUCCCAAUGUGCCAGACAGAAGAACAUGGGAAACUGCCUGCCGAUUUAUGGGAGACGCGGUCGAUAGAUACCUCGAUAAAACAAAACAGGUGUUAAAUGAAUCCAGAGGCCCUGGGUUUUAUGAUAAAUGGUUUAAAUGGAAGAAUCCAACUUAUGAUAAUAUAUUAUCAGAGAAUUUGCAAAAGGAGUUUAGACAGAUUUUGCAUCAGAAUGUGGUAAGUUGUUAGUUUGGGUAUAUCAACAAAUUGUAGGAGCAUUUGCCAUCAUUGAAUGAAGAAGAUGUAACGGUGGUUCGACGGAACCUAGAAACCAAAGAACUAAAAGAGAUACCCAAAGAUGUGAUGCUCAAAGAAUGGCAGUAUGUUUUCAGAGAGUUCUACUUGGAGAGGUUAAAGCAAGCCAGUGUGGAGUGUCAAGGAUACUAUCAGCAUUACAAACAGGGAAUCGAGCAAGAUGGAGAUUUGGAUUGCCAAGCCGUCGUUCUUUUCUACAGAUUGAAGAAGAUGCUGGACUUGAGUUCGAAUGCCCUCAGGCAACAAAUAACAAAUACGGAACAAAGGAGGUUGGAGAAAGAAGUUAAGGACCUUUUGGAUGAUUGGUCUCAAGAUCAAGAUGUCAAGAAGACUUACCUCACUGGGAAAAGAGUCGACUUGGCUGAAAAUUUGAGUAAGUUAGAAUUAAGAAAUUACGUUAUUUUGCGAUAAUAUGUUAAAGCAAGCAAGAUAAUAUGUUUAAAGCAAUACAAUAUUAUAUUUAUACUUUUAGAACGAGUCAGGUACAUCCAAGAGAAGUUGGAAGAAUUUAUGCACCGGUUACAUGAGGAGAAGAAAUGA